AUGGCCUCCGCUGACCGUUCCACCGAAACCGAGGAAUACCUUCCUAGUCUCUACCGUCCUUCAACAGUUCUCCCCAUAUCUCGACACCGAAAUGCUCUUCUGUACCUCAUCGAAAACCAUCCAGUGACCAUCGUAGUAGGCCAAACCGGGUCAGGAAAAACCACACAGCUACCCCAAUAUCUAAACGAAGCGGGAUGGGCACGAGAUGACAAGAUUAUCGCGUGUACGCAGCCCAGGAGGGUUGCAGCCACCACAGUCGCAACAAGGGUGGCCGAAGAAAUGGGUGUGAGGCUGGGUGAAGAGGUUUUGUGA